UGGGGGUAACAGUUUCGUAAUGAGGAGUCAGUGAUCGGUCACAGGACCACGCAAACGCCGGCGGAAUGUGAGACUCGCCUCGUCACGUUUCGAGCGGACGUAUAUCGGUCGGCUUAUGGAUGAGAAUUCUACCUUACCCGCCUCAGUAUCGCACGAACAGGACGGGACGGCAUCGGCUCUCCGCUUUGUUUGCGCUACCUCAUCGCGUCAUCUAACAAGGCAGUGGCGGCGUCAAGCGUGUUGAAAAUUCUGACAGUUGCCCGCAGCCCGAUGUCAGAGACGGGAACGCGGGAACGCUAAUGGACGGCAACACUGGAGAUGGGAGACUUCAUCUUCUUGUCAUGUUAUACCGCAUCAAGCCGACAUGACCAGUUGUCAACCUCCAAGACAUCGUCCACCGAGUAGACGCGUCCGCCUGACCGAAAGCGUGCCAUACAAGCGUUCGCCUGCCGACUUAACAGUAGCUCUGACCGUUUGGUGCCACUCGAUCGCGGAACAUCCGAAGCGAACCUGGCGGCCAACGGUGCUUUCUAUUCUGUUGUGUUCUUCCCGCAUCACAGGACUCACGCUCCGCCAUCUUCACAGUAAUGGAGGUCUGGGGAUGCUGGAGUAGUAUUAAUGGACUAGUCUACUCCAUGGGCUAGCGCCUCGUCACCAAGGACUGUGCUUCGUCUUGUGACUUGCAACUGAAUGAGCGACCUUCUAGAGGCCUCAUAUCGCUAUGGAGUCAGGACAGUUGGCUCGUCUCUUUUACGUAAGACAUG